AUGAAGGCGGGCGCAUUUGGACGUGCUCCCGAGCGACGACAGGUCCAGCCGGGCGGGCGAGUCCUGCCAGGCAUGUUCGCUUCCGCCCCCUCCAGCUCCCCACAACCGUCUUCCUCGGCACCCGCCAACAAACCAGCAGCGACUCCUAGCGCGGUCAUGAGUCGAUGGGGGAGCGGCGAGGGGAGCGGAAGUGGGAGAUUCGGGGGCUCGCCAGGCGCGAACGGCAGUUCGAGGUUGGACAGGCUGGCAAGAGCGCGGGUCGAAGGCCUGAGCGGGCCUGAGUCGGCGUCUGAGGACAGACCGCAGCCGAAGAGCCUUGCUUCGAGCGAUAGUAUUGCUCGGGCGAGGCGGCUUGGGCUGAAUAGACGGGCGAGGACGCCCUCGCCUGAACCGGAGGUUUCCGAGGAGGAGUACGAGCGGUCGCCUUCGCCUCCGCCUGUCCGCCGACAGCGAGCACAGUCAACAUCAGCGUCGGCCUUUACUCGCACACGACCGCAAAGUCGCGCCGGAUCGCGCAGCCCGCCCCCUACUCAGCAUCGCCGACGAGCCUCUUCUCCUCCGCCUGUCGCGCCGGCUUCUCGCAUACCUUCGCCUCCGCUUGCUCGCGAGUCUACGCCGCCGUCCCAGACUGCGCCCGAACAGCCUGCGCAGGGCUUUCUUGGGUCGCUAUGGGGACGGGCGAGCCAGCUGGUUAGCGGCGCGACGGGCGCAGCGCAGGCGAACGGUGUCAAGGAGAUCACGCCGGCCCGCAAAGACUCGGUGACGUCGGACAUGCCCGUUCCCGAGUCGCAUGUCACGCCGUUCGAAGCGGCAGCCCGAGGCGCUGAGGAGGAGAACCGGAAACCAACUCGACCCCUUGUCGUCCCGCCUCUCGUCGCUGCAGCUCUCGCGCCUCACGAAGCCGCAUCCGUCCAGCCUGCACUCCUUCGCACACAGUCGGCGCCAAACCCGACCGUCUCGCCGAUCACCUACCAUCGCCCGACUUCGCUUCACGCCCGCGAUAGCCAACGCUCUUCGACUAGCCGCUUCCGAUCCCAGCCAACGCCCUUCGACUGGCUUGACCCGCACAGCGACCUGCCGCUCGAGCCGUACUUGUUCUUGCGGACCGGGGCGGAGAAGGCUACAAGGCGAGGUGGAGCGGGGAGAGCUGCAAGGGCCCCGCGGCCAAUCUCUGCCAUCGCUGCGGAUCAGGCGCAUCCGUCGAACGCUUACACGGCGGCUGCUGCUGCAGGGGGGAUGGCUGGAGCGGCAUCAGCUGGUUUAGUCACUUCGCCCUUCUCUGCGCCUGGUCACGCCGCCACGACGCCGCUGCACGCACAAGCCGCCUUUGCGCCACCGCCUCUCGUCCCGCCUCACUUCGUCUCUACACCUCCCCCUGCCUUCGCUCCGGCCGCUCCGGCAGCACCGAUGGCCGCACCCCCUCCGCCUUCCCACCAGCCAACCUCUGCACCGCCCAUUGCGCCUCCCACAGCUGCGGCUCAGCCUCAGCCUGCACCACAACUGUAUGCUCCCGCCGUCGCCGCUGCGAUGUCGGCUGCUCCUCCCGCGCCGAUGGUCACCGCAACUUCCUUCGCGGCGCCCGACCCGCCUCCGCUCGUCGCACCUGCGUGGCAGCCAGUAUCGCAAGUCGCGCAGCCUGCGCCUGUCGAGUCUCAUUCGACGGCGGAAGCAGCGGCAGAGCCGCUUCCGGGGUACGCAGCUCCGGCUGAACAAGGAUCACACGGAGGCGCGACGAGGACGACGAGUGCGGCUGCAGGGCGCUUGGCUGCGAGCGGAACGGCGGCGGGAGAAGGCGAGCCUGUCGAGCCAGCUUUGCCUCGUUCCGCUGCAGGUCCCGAUUCGCUCCCAGAUUUCCCUGCGCCCGCUUCGACCGCCGCGCCGCCUAGCGGCUAUCCGACGACUUUGCCGACCUCGGCUGCGCCGAUAUCUUUCCCCAGCUACGGUCCGCCUAUCCCCCCUUCCUCCUCGCCGCAUCCGCCGCAAGGCGUCCCGCAACCCACGGCUGCGCUUUCGACACUCCCGCCUCUCGUACCGCCAGCGUCCUUGUCCAGCUCCGCGGCACCAGCGGCAGCUCCUGCGGCGGUCAGUCUGCCUCUGUCCGCGUCAAUGCCGACAGUCCUUGCCGCUCCUUCUGCCGCGACGACCGCUCCGGCUCCAGUACAAGGAGGCGCGCCGCCUGGAGGCCCCGCUCUACCGACUCUCCCCUCGCUCUCGCGCCUCUUUUCCGCAGCAGUUCCACCGACUCAGCCGCCGGCGUCUGCGGCGCCUCCUGCCUCGAAGGCGGUGGCCACCUCGUCACCAACAACAGCUGCGUCGUCUCCGGCUCAAGCGGGCGACCUGCCGCCUAUGCCGAAGCCGCGCCCGAUUCCUGAAAUUUCGCCGCCGCAGCCGCCAGUCCCGCCCCUCGCUCCUUCGUCUUCAACUGUUCACACGGUACAGCAACCUGUCCUGUCUUCGCUCAGCCUGCCUGAUCCGCCUGUCUCUUCGUCUCCUGCCGCCAUCUCACAGCUCCGCAGCGGGCCUGCGCCUCUUCCUCCGUUCGUCCCAUCGCCCCUACCGCCGCCUCUGCCGCCAAAGCUGCCUGGCUACGCUGCGCGACAGGGUGCGAAUACGCCGGUGCCUUCUAGCGACGCGGCGGCACCGCUGGUCUCGUUGCUGGCGGUGCAGAACGCGUCUCUCGUAGCGGAGGGAUCGACUGCGUUCCACCAAACAACGCCAAGCCCAGCUUUCACGAACGCCGUCUCGCUCGCCUCUAGCACACCGCUUCCGCCAAGUCCCGCGCCACCCUCGUACGAGACGCUUCCAUCUCCUAGCUCGCCGCCUGUGUUGGCCGACUCAAAGAGCCUCCUCGUGCCGGAGUUCCCUGAGCCGCAACGUAGCGACGUCAUCGACAGUGCCGCCAAUUCCGCAUCUCGCGGCGAGACGAGCUUGCGAGUCGCCAGCAUCGUCGUCGAACCUCCGACUCCCAUCGGGCCGCGACCUUCGCUCUUCGCGCAGGAAUCGCUACCGUCUGAGUCAGUGGAAUUAGCAGUAGAGGGCGAAUCGAACGAAGCAGGGCAGGUCGAGGAGGUUGAGCCGACGCCGGCACUUCAGCCCCUCGAACUGGGAUGGUCGCUGCCCGACCUCGGCAGUCUCGCCUUCAGCCCGAUUGCAACCAGCGCUGCUUGGGACGAUGCCUCGGUCGCGCUUGCCGAAGGUUCCGUCUUCGUUUCAGACGACAAGGUGGCGGAUCCGCUGCCUCUGCCUGAGAUGAGCGACAGUCCAAAGGGCGAGGAUACGGAAGACGGGCCUGACCCGCUCGACGAAGCUUUCGACGCCGUCACAGCCUUCGCUUCCUCCUUCGCCCAAGCCGACCUAGCGCGUGCGGCACAGGACCCGAACCAUACCGAACGUACGGAACGGUGGCUACAGCGACAAGGGGUUGAGCGGCGGCCAUUGAGCGUUGUGCAGGCGGCGUCACCGACGGAUGAGGCCAUGUCGCGGAUGGUCUCGAGUCAGGGCUCCCUCGCGCCAGGCAUCUAUCGCCCUCAAACCGCCCCACCCGCUUCUGUUCCCGUCGGCCUCUCGAGCUCGACAGCAGCGCCCGUGCCACCUCUACCCUCGACUUACUCGUCGACGAAUGCAGCCGCUCGUGGCGUAUCUCUCGCUACAUCGCUUGCACGGUUGGCGGCCGUGUCCGAGCGAGACUCGUCAGACACGCUGUCUGCCGAACCGCCUUCUCCGCUCGAGACGUCGGUUGGCGCGGUGGGUGGCGGGCAGGUGGAUCGUCCUCGUGCACUAGACGGCGGCGACGUCGAAGCAGGCGAGGGUUUCUGGGUCCAACGCAAGGUGGAGCGGCAGGUUGGGAAGGUGAAGGUGGAGCGGGACGAGGCGGAGGCUCCGGCGCUUCCAUUGAUCGCGAAUGGUGCGGGUGCGCCCGAUGCACAGAAGGAGGCCAAGUCUGAGGAGGAGGAGGCGGCGGAAGUAGCGGCGCUGUUUGCCAACUGGUAA